AUGAAUUUCAUAAAAUUACAAAAAAUAGAAGAAUUUGAAGAUAAUAACUAUGAAUCCAACUUAAGAAGUCUUAAAAAACAAACAAACAAACAAUCUCAUAAUACUAGUCUAAAUAAUACUGUUAUUUGUCACAAAAAGUUUGCAAAAGAAAAGCAAAAAAGUCUUAUUGAAGAUACAAGUAAAAUACUUCUGGAUGGAAAAAAUACACAAAACUUUAUUUUAUUAAAAAAUAGUAACGAACUAUGUACCAAUAAAAAUUUAAAAAAAAACGAAGACACAAAGAACUUAGUUAUAAUAAAUAAUGUAAAGUGUCAUGAAAUUUUUUUAAAUUUUAAGGGAAAGAUAAUUAGUCAACACUUAAAAAGGGAUAAAAAUAAAUCAGAAAAAAAUUUUGUUCAUCCUUUCGAUGACUUAAAUUAUGGAAAAUAUAAUAAUACCACAUAUGAAAGUAGAAAUAAAAAAGGAAUUAAUUACUAUUAUAGUUUAAUAAAAGUAAAAAACAAAUUCAAUAACUUAUUAAAUGAAAAACAUAAUGAUAAACUAAACAUUAAUUUUUGUAAUAGCAAUUUAAAUAAAACUUUGUGCGAUUCUUUUAAGAAAUAUUUUAUUCAUAAAAAAAGUUAUUCUAAUGAAAAUUAUGAAAGUUUUUAUAAUUUAAAUAAUAAUAUUUUAUUAGAUAGUAUAUCAAAAGGCAUUAAACAUAGUAAGUUCAAUUAUUUAAAUACAUUGUAUCAUAACAGUUUAAAUGACAGUAUCUCAAAAAAAAUUUUAAACAGAAUAAACUUGCAAAAAAAAAAUAAUGAUUUUAAUAUUGGUCAAUUUAAAUUUGGUACAAAUAAUGGGGGUGAACAUUAUAGAAAUAGUUGUAAAAAAAUUAAAAAAUUAGAUUGUUCAAACUUUGAUUUUCACAAAAAUAUUAGGAAAAAUAAGUCUAUUUUAAAAGAUACUAAUUAUUUUUUCAAUAAUAUAUUUACAUUAUAUGAAAAAAAUGUAAAUCAAAUUAAACGCGAUAUAUUAUGUUUGCGGAGAAAUUUUGAUUUUGAUUCUUCUUUAAAUUUUUUAAAUAAUUAUAAAGUAAAUAAAAAUAAUGAAAUUUUUAAAAUUAAAAGAACUGAGGAAAAAGGUAAAAUAUCUAAGAAUGGAGCAUCAAUGAAUUUAAAGGGAAAACAAGUAAAUGAACCAUUAAUUGGUGUUGAAAAGAAAAUUGAUCAAAAUUUAGAAAAUACUAAAACGGAAAAUAAAAUAAAAAGAGAAACAACUAUAAAAAAAAGCGAAGGCAAUAGUAAAAGUGUUAACCAAAAAAUUUACAAAAAGAAAAAGAAAAUUUUUAAACGAGAAAAUAACAUAAAAAGGGAGGAAAAGUAUUAUAUGUUUAAUUCUAAAAAUAUUAAUAUGAUACAAAAAAAAAAAGUUGAUAUUAUUAAUGAAAACGUAACAGAAAAAGAGAUAUAUAAACAAAGUUUAAGCAAAGUAAAAAUAUAUAAUUCAAUAAAAGAAAGAGGAUUUGUAGGUGAAAAAAAAAUAAUGAGAUUACAUAAAAUGAAAAAUAAUUUGUUAAAUGAAAAUUUAGAAAUCAAGGAAAAAAGACGUAAUAAUAUUCUGAAUAGCUACUUAGAGGGUUUUUGUUAUAGAAAUAAAGGAAAAAUUAAAAAAGAAAAAAGUAUUAAAAAUAUAAUGAAUAAAUUAGGAAAACAUAACAAAGAAAGUUUAUUUGAAUUCAACAAAAGAAUAAAAUUUAAUUUUAUAUAUGCAGAUAAUUUAAAUGAAAAUUCUUUGGAUGAAACUAACUUUACAUCUCAAAAAAAUACGAAUAAUUAUACAGUUUAUAAUACAAAAAGCAUGAAUAAUAAUAUAUUUGGUGAAGAUUAUAAGAAAAAAGAAUUUUACUUUAAUAUUGAAGACUCUACUAAAAACAAGAAAAGAGAAUUAUUAAAAAUGAAUUUGAGAAAAAUGGAAUGUUCUAGUAAUGAAAAAAAGAAUGAUGAUACUUAUACUAGAGAUAAUUUAACAGUAAAAAAAAUACAAAAUAAAUUUAAUGAAAAAGAAAAUGGUUCUUCAAGUAAAAAAAUAAAAAUACAUAAAUGUUUAUACAAUUUCAAAAAAUUAAUAAAAGAAGUAAAGAAAUACAUAUAUAUUAAUAUUACAAUGAAAAUGAAAAAAGGAAAAUAUUUAUUAAAAGACAUUCAUUUUUUGAAGAAAUAUUUAUAUAAAUUUUCUAAAUUAAAAAAAAAAAUAAAUAAAAAAAAUAGUAAAAUAAAACCCUUGAAUAAUUUGCAUAUUAAGAAUAAUUCAAUAUUAAACAAAUCUUACAUAAAUAAAAAUAGCAUAAAAAAAUGCCAAAGUAAUUUGAAAACAAACGAUAAGGGUUGCACAAUGAAUAAGAUAAAAAAAAUAGAAAAGGAAAAAUCUUCAUUAAAAAAUUUAAACGAUGCUGAAUGUAAAAUUUACACAUUACUCGAAAAAAUUUCUAAUGAACAUAAAAAAGUUAGAAUGAAAUAA